AUGAUGGCGAGCAGAUUGCUGCGUCGCACACGCUGGUCGCACAUGCUGGUCGCAAUUCUGGUCGCAAUGCUGGUCGCACAUGCUGGUCAAAAUGCUGGUCGCACAUGCUGGUCGCAAUGCUGGCCGCACAGACGGACUCCGUGCUCCCUUCGCCUGUCGCUCACGCAUUCCCCAACUUCCCCACCUUCUUCCCCCCCUCUCCUCUUCCCUCCCUCUUCCUACCCCGCCCUCUCACCGCGCCUCUCCCAGGCGUCUGUCGCUGCAUGGGGGCCCGGCCGGUGUCCGACCCGCCACCCCCCAUCUCAAACUUUCCUUUGCUCUCCCGCACUCCACCCGCCACCCCCCAUCAUAUCCCGCACUCUCAUGCUCACCCGCACUCUCAUGCUCACCCGCACUCUCAUGCUCACCCGCACUCUCAUGCUCACCCGCACUCUCAUGCUCACCCGCACUCUCAUGCUCACCCGCACUCUCAUGCUCACCCGCACUCUCAUGCUCACCCGCACUCUCAUGCUCACCCGCACUCUCAUGCUCACCCGCACUCUCAUGCUCACCCGCACUCUCAUGCUCACCCGCACUCUCAUGCUCACCCGCACUCUCUGCUCUCCUGCACGCCACCCUGCCAUGCGCGCACACAGCUCUACCAUUCUCCGCCUCUCCCCCAAUCUUUCCCCCUCGCAGCAGGCGGCCAAGGCAGGGCAGCGGGGCGGCCAGGGGGCGGUGGCAGUGGUGGAGGCGGACGGGGAGGGGGAGGGGGCGCAGGCGAGCAUGGAUGCUGCGCGCGCUGAGAUGAGGACGUGGUGGGCGGCACAGCAGGCGGGCAAGGCAGAGCAGGCGGGCAUGGAUGCUGCCCGCGCGCAGAUGAGGGCGUGGUGGGUGCAGCAGCAGCAGGCCAAGGCCAUGGACGUGGCGCGCGCAGCCAUGAGGCAGUGGUGGAUGGAGCAGCAGCACGGCAAGGCCAUGGAAGCAGCGCGUGCAGAGAUGAGGCAAUGGUGGGUGCAGCAGCAGCAGGGCAAGGCCAUGGAUGCAGCACGAGCAGACAUGAGGCAAUGGUGGGUGCAGCAGCAGCAAUCCAAGGUGGAGGCAGCAGGUGCAGCGAGCAUGGAGCAGGGCAGAUCGCAAAUGAGGGCCUGGUGGGUGCAGCAGCAGCAGGGCAAGGCCAUGGAUGCAGCGCGAGCAGACAUGAGGCAAUGGUGGGUGCAGCAGCAGCAGGGCAAGGCCAUGGAUGCAGCACGAGCAGAGAUGAGGCAAUGGUGA